AUGGCGGACCGACAAAAGGUCGCUGUGUUCGGUGCCGCCUUUGUUCUCCGCCUACUUUUGAUAUGUGUUUUUCCUUCUUUGCCUGAUUUGUUGACGGGCAGAGUCGAAGUGUCAACCCCAGUCACUAGCUUCAAGCGAUUGCAAGAAGGCCUCUUUCUAUACACUCGAAAUGUCUCUCCGUACGAUGGUGGUGUCUUCCAUCAGGCACCACUCCUACUUCCCUUAUUCUCCCUACUCCCCGGCGUGAAAAGCAGCCCAUUCUCCACUGCAAUAUUCUAUUCUCUUGUCGAUCUAGUCAAUGCGCAUGCCUUAAUCACCAUCUCAAAUUCAGGCCAAUCGGUUCAAAGCCGUCGACACUCGGCGGUACGAAAGCAUAUCCGGUGGGACGGAGUUUCUGUUGCAGCUUGGUUCUUGUUUAACCCAUUCACUAUUGCAACAUGUUUAGCACGAUCAACAAGCGUUUUUACGGCAUCGGGGAUCUUAUUCGCAGUCUCAAAUGCUGUCAGUGGCAAUAGUGUCAAUGCGAUGUUGGCACUGGGCUUCGCAUCCUACCUAUCUCUAUACCCCGCUCUUCUAUUUGUCCCCCUUGUUCUCCUCUGCUACGAUCAACGGGCACAGAAGCAGGCACCCAAUUCCUUUAUCUUCACGCUGCAACACGCCGCUAUUCUACUCGGCAGUAUCACCGGCCUACUUGGCGUUUCAUAUUUGAUUAUUGGAAAUUUCUGGGAUUUUGUGUCGGCGACAUAUGGCUUCCAUCUUCUUGUCCCUGACUUGACCCCUAAUGUGGGCCUGUGGUGGUACUUCUUCAUCGAAAUGUUCGAUUCAUUCCGUGGCUUCUUCCUUGGGGUCUUCUGGCUUCAUCUGGCCAGUUAUGUUGGUGGUUUCACAGCGCGGCUGUGGCGACAACCUCUGUUUAUCAUAACGUCGCUUCUCGGGAUCUUCGCCGUCUUCAAGCCAUACUCCAGCAUCUCCGAUGCGUCACUGUACUUUGCGUUACUUCCGCUGUACCGACACCUUUUCCCCUUAAUGCGGUAUACAUUCUUUGCGAUCUCCGCCCUUCUGUACUCCACCUUGUUGGGACCUGCCUUCUACCACUUGUGGAUCUACGCUGGUUCUGGUAACGCAAACUUCUUUUAUGCCAUCACUCUAGUCUGGAGCUUAGGCCUCUCGAUCCUUCUGGCAGACAGUAUCUUCGCCUGUCUAAGAGACGAAUGGGAGCAAGCCCACCCAGAAGCACAGGGUCAAGAAGUGAAACAAGUAUAA